AUGCUCUUCUCGACAUGGCUGGGGCGUACGCUGCAUACGACCUCCCGGUGUUCGGCGCGCGUGUCGCGUUUGCAUCGUGCGGACGUGAAUAAUGCACGGCGCAUUCGUCUGACCCCGCCGCCAUCCAUUUUUCGUGCCUUGGGGUUCGUAGGUGGCGUGUCAGCCGUUACGUACCUGGGAUGCGCGGCAUGGUCGGUGCGUACCAAUGAGCGCAUCGCGCGCGAAACAGACGCCAGCAUCUCCUUUUCGUUUUUCCUUGGCACGCGCAAGAAUUACGAGAUGCUCGUGCAGAAUGAUCGCGCGGAGCAAUGGGCCCAAGGAUACCAUCGCCUGGCUGUCUCUCUGCAAGCGUGGCCGCAUGCGCUGCGCCGUGCCUGCUUGUGCGUGUACGAAAAAGUCGCUGAUACGUACCUUGGACUACCGACAUAUCAGCAAGCUGUCGUGCCGCUGGUGGCAUUGCAUACAGCCGUCUUUGCGGCAUGGAUGCUAUCGCCUGCUCUGCGUACGACGUCCCUCAUGUACCGCUUAUUUACGCAUCGACCUGCCUCAGGUCGUGUUGUGACACUGCUUACCUCUGCUACGAGUCACAAGGGCCUCGCUCACUUCGUCCUGAACAAUUUGGCAUUAUGGUCUGUCGGGAGUUGCGCCAUCCAAGCGCUGCCUCGCGACAAGCGCGACGCUCAGGUCGAGGCAGAUACCCAACCGCAUUUUGUGGCGUUCUACGUGGCAGCUGGCCUGUUUGCAUCGCUUGUGAGUCACCUAGCCCUUGCCUGGCGGUGGCGCAUGGUACCCAAGCCAGCCCCGAGACUGGCGCGACGCGCCAGUCUCGGGGCCAGUGGUGCGAUUUAUGCCGCCUUUGCCCUAUGCGCUUGUACGAUGCCGCAUGUACAACUUAGUCUUGUGUUCUUGCCCAUGUUGACGUUCCCUAUCAAGUGGGGCUUUGGCAGUCUCGUGCUCCUUGAUGUGGUAGGCGCCGUUCGUGGGUGGCGCGUGUUUGAUCAUGUGGCUCAUUUGGGCGGCGCUGCGUUUGGCUUUGUAUAUUAUUUGGUGGGUCCCUCGAUAUGGAAUGCAUGCAGAAGCAUCUAUGGUAUUAGGCGAACGAACGAAUCGCAGAGAGUUCAUGAAGUAGGGAUUCCAGCUGCGUUUCGUCCUUGGUAG